GGCAGAGGUAAGGGUGGAAAGGGCCUGGGAAAAGGAGGUGCUAAGCGCCACCGCAAAGUUCUGCGCGACAACAUCCAGGGUAUCACCAAGCCCGCCAUCCGGUGCCUGGCCCGGCGUGGUGGUGUGAAGCGGAUCUCCGGCCUCAUCUACGAGGAGACCCGCGGGGUGCUGAAGGUGUUCCUGGAGAACGUGAUCCGGGACGCCGUCACCUACACCGAGCACGCCAAGCGCAAGACGGUCACGGCCAUGGACGUGGUCUACGCUCUCAAACGCCAGGGCCGCACCCUCUACGGCUUCGGUGGCUAAGCUUGACCUUGCAAGCAUUUUUUUU